CCUGCUCCGGCUGCCGGUCCCGCUCCCGCGCCUUCAUGACCGCGAAGGAUGUCCGGGAAGCACUACAAGGGGCCCGAAGUCAGCUGUUGCAUUAAGUAUUUCAUCUUCGGCUUCAAUGUCAUUUUCUGGUUUCUGGGCAUAGCGUUUCUUGGAAUUGGAUUAUGGGCGUGGAAUGAAAAGGGAGUGCUGUCCAAUAUCUCCUCUAUUACUGACCUGGGAGGCUUUGAUCCAGUUUGGCUCUUCCUUGUGGUAGGAGGAGUCAUGUUCAUUUUGGGAUUUGCAGGAUGCAUUGGAGCUCUGCGAGAGAACACCUUCCUCCUCAAGUUCUUUUCUGUGUUCCUGGGGAUUAUCUUCUUCCUGGAGCUCACUGCUGGUGUUCUGGCAUUUGUUUUCAAAGACUGGAUCAAAGACCAGCUGUAUUUCUUUAUAAACAACAACAUCAGAGCAUACAGAGAUGACAUUGAUUUGCAAAACCUGAUAGACUUUACACAGGAAUAUUGGCAAUGCUGCGGGGCCUUUGGAGCUGACGACUGGAACCUCAACAUCUACUUCAAUUGCACAGAUUCCAACGCGAGUCGAGAGCGCUGUGGCGUGCCGUUUUCAUGCUGUACUAAAGACCCUGCAGAAGAUGUGAUUAAUACCCAGUGUGGCUAUGAUGCCAGGCAGAAACCAGAAGUUGAUCAGCAGAUUGUUAUAUACACUAAAGGUUGUGUCCCCCAGUUUGAGAAAUGGCUUCAGGACAAUCUUACUAUAGUCGCUGGCAUAUUCAUUGGGAUUGCAUUGUUGCAGAUAUUUGGGAUCUGCUUAGCCCAGAACUUGGUUAGUGACAUUGAGGCUGUCAGAGCCAGCUGGUAAAACUGCUGAAAUAACCAUCACAAGACACUGGACAACUGAAACCCUCUGAAACCUCCACAGUGUCGCUCUGACACCGCGCUGCAUGGUGAUGGGGAAGCCUUCUUUCCCAAGAAGUUUCACAUCUUAAGUUGCUGAUAUUGCAGUGAACUCUUGUUUCUGCGGGGGUAGGGAUAGGGGUGGGCUAUUCAAAAUCUGCUGCUCACUGACAGAUUUAUUUUUAAAUUACCAGUUUAAAAGCUGUUGAACCGUGAAUCUCUACUGUAUUCUUGACUUUGAGUAAUAAGCGGACACACUUUUUUUUUUUAAUUGGUGUGCAUCAACAGGACAGAGGUUGCAUUGUAAUUUGUGGAUAUGCUGUUCAUGCUCCAUGUCAUAAGUGUUUUGAUAGCUGCCAAAAGUUCCUGAGAUGGUAUCUCUCUCCGACACUCUCUAAAGGACCAAUCUUCUUGUUUUCCACAGCUAAACGUUGCUGCAGGCCUUUCUGAAACUAAACCCAUGAAACAGGAACCAACUUUUCACUCCUCUGUUGUACAGUGAAAGAAAUUUGUUUUUAAGACCAAGAAAUUGUUUAUACAGGAACUUCUACACUUUCCCUCUAUAUCUUUUUUUGUGGGUGGAAUCGGCAAGAUUGUGGUGAUAACUGUUUAACGGUGUCACUAUCCUUCUCCCUUUCUCUACCCUUGCUAUGAAGGGAAAGGAGUUUUAAAUCUCUGACAAACCAGGUAGUUGUAUGUUUGGUACUGUCAUCCAUACUUUACCAGGGCAACACCCUUUCUAAGCAAGAAUGUGUUAUAAAUAUUUAUAGGGUGGUAAGGAUGGUUUUGGGGAAGGGGAGGGGGGAGGCAGUCAGGUGAGUGAUGUUAAGUAGAGAAUGAAAUAAUACGUUAACUUAAAGAAAAUGAAGAAUUAUGUACCCAAAUACAAUCUGUUGGUUUCUUUGGAAUUCGGUGUAACCUGUUGUAUUUGGCUCUCACUAAUAGUCGUGUGUUGUUAUAGUUGUACAAAACUUUUUUUAAAGAGAUUUUCUUGAUCUUUUCCUAGAUGAGGCUUUGCUUCCUCCCCCUGCCUUUUUUUUAAAAACAAAAAGCUUCUUUUUACCUGCAUGAGCUCUGGUGCUAGAAUCCGUGAUACCCUGUUUUUAAAUCCUUGCAUAUGAUUCAGUAGGUUUCUAAUAAAGAAAUGUGCUUAUUUAUUGGUAGAUACACAUGACUGUGUAAAGUUCAUAUCCCCUUGUCUUGGAAUAUAGAGAGAACAGCUUUGCCCAAGUAAAUGCUUCCCCCAGUUUAGUAAAUCUUUGCUAAGUUUAUCUGCAUGUCUCCCUUUUACAUAUCUCUCUAGCCGAAUGCAACGAAAUGCUUUCUUGAAACAAUAGGGUAAAGGAUAUUUUUGAACAAGAAGAGUGUGUUAGGAUCAGAGGAGCUGCCUAUGGGCUCUUUUUAAUAGAUUAAACAUUAGCAUUUGCAGUGAAGCACAAAUAUGAGGAAAAGACAUGGAUCGGACUCCAGCUGGGAGCCUGUGAUUGGCUUUUAUUUAAAAUAUAAUGUAAACACAAUUGAUGGUAACUUGUGGAGCCAGUUAAUUUUGUAAAGUUCAGCUUGUCUGAAUGACUUUUUUGGUGUCAGUGGACCCGGCCCUAUGCCGUGAUGACUCCCUUGAAGUCCUACUUCCUUGAAAUAAUUGAUGGUGCUUUUGCACAAUAUUUUCUCAUCUUGCUGGUCCUCAGUGUUCACUAAGAUGAAUUCUGUGGAUUAGAAAAAACUAAUGCAUUGUAUUCAAAAUACUGUACUUCCACCACUGCUGAGAUGCAGCAUAUGUCAGUAAGCAUGCCUGUGUGUGCACGCACAUAAACACACACAAUUAACCUUGCUGUGUGUAGACAACCCACAUUUUUGUCGUGGAGGCUGGUGGUAUGCACCAUCAUUCAGGCUUGAAGAGCCAAACAAUCCAGUUGCACUCUUGUCUGUCUUUGUGUUACCUCAUCUUCCAGUUAAUUCCACCUGACCAGUUGACUCGGUAUUGGGCAAUACUCACAUCCUUUGAUGUCUGCUGUUAAAGACCAAUGGCAACUUUAAAAAAAACAAACAAACCUAACAAACAAACUCUGAAAGUGUCUAUACUCACUGUCCUUAAUAAAGUUGGUUCAACCUCA